UCACCCACACUUCCCUCUAUCGCCAUCCCACAACACCUAAUCACCCAGCCGCACUACUCUAUAGGUACUUCACGAGCGACUCCUCACUCUCCCCCCUUCACACUUUCCAGCUUCCAAAUCCCCCACCAUUUUUGCACUCUGCAUGCUGUUGGUGCCACUCUUAGCUAGCAGAAGCUUGCCACUUGCAUUUGAGUUAUUUGAGACAUUGAGACGCUAGGUUUGAUUUGUUCCUAAGGAAGGAGGAGGCGUGAGCUGUUGCAAUCUCGAGGAGGAGGGGAGGAAGCAAUGGCGCUCUCGGCGUUCUCUGUUCCGAGGGGCUUUCUCGGCGUGCCGCCUCAGGACCCCCAUUUCGCUCCUGCCGUCGAGCUCCAUGUCCACAAGCAGCUCCAGGCCAAGCCUCUCAAGCCUAGGAGGAGGUCGUCGUGUGUCUCGGCGUCGCUGUCGGAGCGGGAGGCGGAGUACUACUCGCAGCGACCGCCCACGCCGCUGCUGGACACCAUCAACUACCCCAUCCACAUGAAGAACCUGUCCGUGAAGGAGCUGCGGCAGCUCGCCGACGAGCUCCGCUCCGACGUCAUCUUCCACGUCUCCAAGACUGGCGGCCACCUCGGGUCCAGCCUGGGCGUGGUGGAGCUCACCGUAGCGCUGCACUACGUCUUCAACGCGCCGCAGGACCGCAUCCUCUGGGACGUCGGCCACCAGACGUACCCGCACAAGAUCCUGACGGGGCGGCGCGACAAGAUGCCGACGAUGCGGCAGACCAACGGCCUGGCGGGCUUCACCAAGCGCGCCGAGAGCGAGUACGACUGCUUCGGCACGGGCCACAGCUCCACCACUAUCUCCGCGGCGCUCGGGAUGGCGGUCGGGAGGGACCUGAAGGGCGGGAAGAACAACGUGGUGGCGGUGAUCGGCGACGGGGCCAUGACGGCCGGGCAGGCGUACGAGGCCAUGAACAACGCCGGGUACCUCGACUCCGACAUGAUCGUGAUCCUGAACGACAACAAGCAGGUAUCGCUGCCGACGGCGACUCUCGACGGGCCCGUGCCGCCGGUGGGCGCGCUCAGCAGCGCACUCAGCAAGGUGCAGUCAAGCAGGCCUCUCAGGGAGCUCAGGGAGGUGGCUAAGGGAGUGACGAAGCAGAUCGGCGGGUCGGUGCACGAGCUGGCGGCGAAGGUGGACGAGUACGCCCGCGGCAUGAUCAGCGGCCCCGGCUCGACGCUGUUCGAGGAGCUCGGCCUCUACUACAUCGGCCCCGUGGACGGCCACAACAUCGACGACCUCAUCACCAUCCUCAACGACGUCAAGAGCACCAAGACCAUCGGCCCCGUGCUCAUCCACGUGGUCACCGAGAAAGGCCGCGGCUACCCCUACGCCGAGCGAGCCGCCGACAAGUACCACGGUGUCGCCAAGUUCGACCCGGCCACGGGGACGCAGUUCAAGUCCCCCGCCAAGACGCUGUCCUACACCAACUACUUCGCCGAGGCGCUCAUCGCCGAGGCGGAGCAGGACAGCAAGAUCGUCGCCAUCCACGCGGCCAUGGGGGGCGGCACGGGGCUCAACUACUUCCUCCGCCGCUUCCCGAACCGGUGCUUCGACGUCGGGAUCGCCGAGCAGCACGCCGUGACCUUCGCGGCCGGCCUGGCCUGCGAGGGGCUCAAGCCGUUCUGCGCCAUCUACUCGUCGUUCCUGCAGCGAGGCUAUGACCAGGUCGUGCACGACGUGGAUCUCCAGAAGCUCCCGGUGAGGUUCGCCAUGGACAGGGCCGGGCUCGUCGGCGCGGACGGGCCGACCCACUGCGGGGCGUUCGACGUCACGUACAUGGCGUGCCUGCCGAACAUGGUUGUCAUGGCCCCGUCCGACGAGGCCGAGCUCUGCCACAUGGUCGCCACGGCCGCGGCCAUCGACGACCGCCCGUCCUGCUUCCGCUACCCGAGAGGCAACGGCAUUGGCGUCCCGUUGCCGCCCAAUUACAAAGGCGUUCCCCUUGAGGUUGGCAAAGGGAGGAUUCUUCUGGAGGGAGACCGGGUUGCGUUGCUGGGGUACGGAUCGGCGGUUCAGUACUGCCUAGCCGCCGCGUCCCUUGUGGAGCGCCACGGUCUCAAGGUCAGCGUCGCCGACGGCAGGUUCUGCAAGCCGUUGGACCACGGCCUGAUCAGGAGCCUGGCCAAGUCCCACGAGGUGCUCAUCACAGUGGAGGAAGGGUCGAUCGGAGGUUUCGGCUCGCACGUCGCCCAGUUCAUGGCCCUCGAUGGCCUUCUUGACGGCAAACUAAAGUGGCGGCCGCUGGUGCUUCCAGACAGGUACAUCGACCAUGGAUCCCCGGCGGAUCAGCUGGCUGAGGCUGGGCUCACACCAUCGCACAUUGCCGCGACGGUGUUCAACAUCCUGGGGCAGAACAGGGAAGCCCUUGCUAUCAUGUCGGUGCUGAAUGCGUAGGACAUGCUUGUCAGCACACUGGUGAAGAUACUACCAAGACAGCGAUUGCAUCUAGAGCACAGGAAUCCAAAGGAGAAGAAACUUUGAUAGAAUGGACUGACAAGCGGAAAGUGAAGCUCAACUCGUGUUACAUCGGUAGUGAAUGAGGCAUGUGAAGAAGCCCGGCUCGUGAGGCCUGUAAACGUUGAGCCCAACUUCUUGUACGUGAGGAAGGGGUUAUGAAUAUUUGGUGUGGGGUUUAGGACAUAUCAGCUAGGUGGACAAUAGGCAGGCCGGUGGAGGCAUUGGCGGCAGCGUGGUGGCGAUCCCUGCGAGUGUGGCACGGCGGCGGUGGCUGUCAUCACACAAACUAACUAGGUGGAUCAAUUUGUUGCCCAUACUGAGACAGUCGAUGCGCCCCAUGAAGAGAAGCCUGUUGACUUCAUCAAGACGUCGUCCCUUGCUCAUCUGGGGGAUUCCGAAAUUUCGACGGCCUCUGGGUCGAGGCCACCACUCUAAACCACUACACCAGAGAUCAGGUACUGGAGUCGUCAUGACUCUGGUACCUCCUUCGGUCACAAGUGCGUACAGACACCAAAUUUUUCCCCGGUCCCUUUUUCAUCAGAAGUAUCUCGUAGGUCAGGAUUUUCAUCAAUGGCUCUUGGUUUGGGUUUAGCUUUUCCGCAAGUCAAUUUUCCACAAUUUGAUGGUGCUAACCCAAAGCUGUGGAAGAAACGUUGUGAGACUUUUUUUGAGUUGUAUGUCAUACCUUCUGAUAUGUGGGUUCGUUUAGCCA